GUUAUUGACAGUGAAAGUUGACCGCAUAGGAUUAAAACCCUAAAACCCUUGGGUCUGAACGUACGCCUGUUUUUCUUUUUUUCUGCUACAGAGUCCUUCCAAUUAAGCAGACAUUAAGGAGAAAAGCCUCAUCGACGAGCAAAGCUAGCAGAGAUGGAGGAGACAACGGAGAUGGAAGUGGAGCAUCCAAAUCAAAAUUUAAUCAAGCGAUUCGGACUCAAAAACUCAAUCCAAACGAACUUCGGCGAUGACUACGUUUUCCAAAUCGUCCCCAAGGAUGACUGGACUUCAAUGGCGGUGUCUCUAUCGACGAACGUGGUAAAGCUUUAUUCUCCGGUGACCGGUCAGUACCAUGGAGAGUGCAAGGGUCACUACAGUACUAUCAACGAAAUUGCUUUCUCUGUUUCUUCGACUCCGCACGUCUUGCACGCUUGCUCUUCUGAUGGUACCAUUAGAGCUUGGGACACUAGAACCUUCCAUCAGGUAUCUUGUAUAACUGCCGGUUCUUCCCAAGAGAUUUUCAGCUUCUCAUUUGGAGGCUCUACCGAUAAUCUUCUUGCAGCUGGGACUAAAUCUCAGAUACUUUUCUGGGACUGGAGAAAUAAGAAACAAGUUGCGUGUCUAGAAGAAUCACAUGUGGACGAUGUUACUCAGGUUCGUUUUGUCCCAGGCCAUCGUGACAAGCUUCUUUCUGCAUCUGUUGAUGGAUUGAUGUGUAUAUUUAAUACUGAUGGGGAUAUCAAUGACGAUGAUCAUCUGGAAUCUGUGAUUAAUGUUGGAACUUCAAUUGGGAAAGUUGGAUUUUUUGAGCAGAACUAUCAAAAACUGUGGUGUUUGACACAUAUUGAAAGUUUAAGCAUUUGGGAUUGGAAGGAUGCAAGAAAUGAAGCAAACUUACAGGAAGCCCGCACAUUAGCAUCCGACAGCUGGACAUUAGAUAACGUUGAUUAUUUUGUUGAUUGUCAUUACCCAGGAGAAGGUGAAAGUUUAUGGGUAAUUGGUGGCACGAAUGCUGGUGCUUUGGGUUAUUUUCCUGUAAAUUAUAAAUCGGGGGCAAUAGGAUCUCCGGAAGCAAUUCUUGGGGGUGGCCAUACAGGUGUUGUUCGGAGCAUAUUGCCCAUGUCAAGCACAAAGGGCGGAUCUGCCCAAAGCUUGAGCAUUUUUGGAUGGACAGGUGGUGAAGAUGGCCGCUUAUGUUGCUGGUUAUCUGAUGAUUCUGCAGAGAUUAAUCGCGCCUGGAUUUCAAGUGAACUUGUUAUGAAAUCCUCAAAGAACCAGAAGAAGAAAAAUAGGCAUCACCCUUACUAGCAGUAUCUUGUACACUAUUUUUUUUUGGCUAUUUAUAUCGUCUCCCUUUAUUUUUCAGAUAUAAUGUUCUAGAUUGCAGGCGAAGAGAAUGUUACGAACUUCCACACUUUUUAGGUCUAAAGACAUUGUGAAUCGUUAGCAUUGUUAACGAGUUCGAAAAUGAGAACUCAAACUCCCUCUACCGCCUUGCUGUUGGGCACAUAAUUAAUUUCUCCAUAUUUUGCCUCUCAA